AUGGCAUUGACUGGGCUACUCUCAGAAGAGAUUGCUAAAAAGCGGAAGGCCGCAAAAGAGAAUGCUCAGGCCAAAAGGACGAAGCAAGAAACAUCGGUAGACACCGAGCAGAGUUCACCUGAGAUGGCCAAAGUGGCACCUGAGAAAGAAAAACUUCUUGAUUCUGUUUCUAACGAGGAUCUCGAAAGAUCAUUGAAGGCAUUCGAUGGUGAAGACCCCAACUUGAACAAAGAAGAUAAGCUCAGGAAACUUGAUCUUUUGGUCAAAGCAGAGCAUCGCAACGAUGCGUACAAGGCUUAUCUCGAUGAGGAGAAUUCGGUUGACCCAAUUAUUACUUUGGACGAUAUUGGUGCAAUUACAACGAACAAAAGACAGCUAGAAUUGAAAUUGAGGCGAUCUCUUAAAGGGAUCAUCAAGUUGUGGGAGUGCAAACCACAAGAGCCUCCAAAGCCGUAUACGGUAGGCAUGCUCAAGGAAGUCAAAAGGGACUUAGUGAAGCUAUUAUACAGACUACGAGUUGGCAAGCUUGAUGACAGCAUGAUCUUGUCACUUGCCACGAUCAUCUACUACAUUCAGCUCCAGGAUUUUGUGAAGGCUAACGAGAGUUACAUGAAGUUGAGUAUAGGUAAUGUUGCCUACCCUAUAGGUAUAAGAGAUGUUGGAAUUCAUGCCAGGCACGCGCUUUCAAAGAUAACUGGCGAGGAUAAGUCAACUAUAGCCAACGUUAUGAAGGGAGAGUCCACCCGGAAAUGGAUCCUCGGAGUGAAACGCUUGAUCUCCUACAGCGAGGCCAUCAACAAACAAACUAAGGAAAGAGCAUAG